AAAUCCCGACCUCCUCUCCGGAAAGAGCAAAAAAAAAAAAAAAAAAAACACACACACACAUACACACACACACACGAGAAAAGUAGUUGCAAACGCUCAGAGCCUUUGCUGAGAAAACACAACGAAUUAAAACUACUAGCGAGCUGGAGUUUGUCGCUCCUUUCUCCUGCUUUUUGUCCUCGUGCAAGAAAAGUGAAGCGAAGUUUAACGGCGGCGGGGACUGAUUGAAGUUUUCGCCUCGUGCUCUUGCGCAAAACAUGGGAUUUACGUCUUAGCGCUGCCUUUAACCGAAAUGCGCUCCGGCUGGAAACUUUCUCAAUGGAUUUUACCGACGGCUUCCCAGACUGAGGCGGUGAUAUUUGGAAUAAACUCUCUGCCACAUUGGAUUUAUUUCACCUAAACGGGGGCUAAAGCGUCGAAAGCACGGACUUCAGAUGUGUCCCAUGCCAGCCAGAGCGGCCCUUCAGUCCCGAGAUGGAUUCCACAAGUCAGAACGACAGCGAUGGGGGAGGAGGACGCCGCGGGUGGUCGCCGUCACCGACCGGCUCGCCGGGCACGCGGCAUGACGAAGGGAGACCGCAACCAAGGCCUCCGCAAACCCAGGACGGUCCGCCAGAUCCUGGGUUGACCGUCGGGCAGCCGCCCCACACUCUGGCAGUGCUAUCUCUGGAUCAGAUCCAGAUAAGUGGGAGUAGUAAUGAGUACACAGACGGGCCCACAGUCGCCCAAAGGUCUCCAGCCUCUCAGCAGAAGAGUGACUUGGUUACAUCACCAGGUUUAAGGACCAGUGGGCAGCAGGAGACUCGGGAAGAGGGGCCUAAUAAUCUCCGUAACCUGCAUUCAUUGACUCAGUAUGGAAACACAAAUACUUCCAUCACCUCCAGGGAGGGCGUGCUGCGGUCCUCCAGUGCGGAGGACUCCCAGAGUAGCAUCAGGACCAGCGUGGGGAGCACCUCCUCAGGCCAGAGACUCCUCAGCAGCCCAGCAGGCAGCAACCAGAUAAUCAGAACCCAGCCCAAACGUGCAGAGCUAAACUCAGAGGAGCUGAAACCCCUGAACAAUGAGCCCAGGGCUGUGUUGGCUGUGCCGGGCAGCGGAACAUAUAAAAAGAAUGGUAUACACACCAGCGAGUGUGAGGACUGUGGUCGUUGCAGUUGCCCAGAGUGCAGUCGCCCACGGGUGCUUCCUUCCUGCUGGAUGUGUGGGCGUCGCUGCGUGUGCUCGGCGCAGAGCGCGGUGGAGUACGGCACCUGCGUCUGCUGCGUCAAGGGGCUUUUCUACCACUGCUCCAGCGACGACGAGGACACAUGUGCAGACAAGCCCUUCUCAUGCUCACAGUCGCACUGCUGCGUCCGCUGGACCACCGUGUCGCUCCUCUCCCUGCUCUUCCCCUGCCUCCUGUGCUACCUCCCGGCUAAAGGAUGUGUCGCUGUGUGCCAGAGCUGCUAUGACCGAGUCAAACGACCCGGCUGUCGGUGCAAGAACACAAACCCAAUCCACUGUGAGGAUGUUGGCAAGCCAACGUAGACAAGCUGGUGGUGUAUGUUCGAACGCAGAAGGAUGGAGAGACUCCAUGUUGACUGAACUGAUAGAUGGCCCUGUAGUUGUGUAGUUGAAAGGUUUGAUUAGAGAGCUAAUGAGUUUUUGUGUUUUCCAUCUUGAUCUUCAUGCCUACCAGAUCUGGGCAGAGACAUUUUGCUUUCAAUUUUUAAGGCUGGUUGACAAAAAAGGUUACUACAAAAGGCACUGGAGGUGCGUCCACUCACCCUAGCAUCAGGAGUUUCACUUGAAAGGUAAACCAAAAUAAGCGCUCCACAUGUUAAAAGGUAUGAAGACAUAUUCAACUACUGUUUUGUCCUGAAAAUUCUUCCCUCAAGUGCCCAGAUGUCGUGUUGUUGCUAUGAGAGUCCAAAUGGAUAGCCUUUUUGUUUUUUAACAUUUAAUACAACUUAUAUGCUAAGAACAGACUCCUAUUACUAACUGUAUGUAAAGUAGUAAAUGCAAAGGGUAUGUACAUUAGAAAAUGAGUUUGACAGAUGUUUUAUUUUUGUACAUAUAAUAAUACUUCAACUGUGAAAAGUUUUCUGCCACACCAGAGGCACCUUGAUAAAUCCACAUUUAUAUGAAUCAGUAAACGUCAUUCAUACAAUGUUUUGUACAUUCACUGGAAUGUAUAUCAAUCAUUUUAUGUAAUUUACAAAGGAAAAAUCUUAUCCCUUCUACUUGUAAAUUGUACAGUGACCUUAUAUGAAAAAUUUAUUUUCUAAUUCCGACAUUGCUUAGUGUAAAGUUAAAAGUAUAUAUUUAUUUGAAGGUUUAUUAUUUUAUAAUGAAAAAUAUUUAUUUUGAGAAAGCAUUGUUAAUGUGUCACCUGUUAUGGGGCUACUUUGUGGUCACUGCAGAUUUUCGAGGUGACCCGUAGGAGUGUCAAAGCUGGAUGAAUAGUUCACUAUGAAUUAGAAGACAAAUAUAUUAACGUUUGAAAUUAAACAACCUUGAAGUC